GAGCCAGAAAUAGUUAUACGACCUGGAAAGAGGAAUUUACGGCAGGGAGGGGCUCGACACAUGUUUGUGUGCAGCUGAAGUUUUGGCCAUGGAGAAACCUGAGGGAUCCUGCCCCGUAGAGAAACCAUGUAAGUGUGGUGACUGUGGGAAAAGUUUCCAUUUUCCGUCUGCCCUGGAGACUCAUCGGCGCAGUCACACCGGGGUGAGGCCGUUCCUCUGCACAGAGUGUGGUAAGACCUUCAGCAAUUCCUCUGACCUGCUGAAGCACCAACGGGUCCACACGGGGGAGAGACCCUUCAGCUGUCCCAAAUGUGGGAAGGGCUUUACCCAGGCCUCCAGUCUGCUGGCCCACCGGCAGGUCCACACUGGGGAGAGGCCGUUUCUUUGCUCCAAGUGCGGGAAGGCCUUCAGCAAUUCCUCUGCCCUGCUGAGGCAUAAGCGGGGGCACAUUGGGGAGAAGCCUUUCAGCUGCCCUGAGUGUGGGAAGGCCUUCAGCAAUUCCUCCGACAGGCUAAAGCACCAACGGGUCCACACAGGGGAGAAGCCCUUCAGCUGCCCUGAGUGUGGGAAGGCCUUCAGCAAUUCCUCCGACAAGCUAAAGCAUCAGCGGGUCCACACAGGGGAGAAGCCCUUCAGCUGCCUCGAGUGCGGGAAGAGCUUUGCCCACGCCUCCACCUUGCUGACCCACCAGCGGGUCCACACCGGGGAGAGGCCCUUCACCUGCCCAGAGUGCGGGAAAGCCUUCAGCAAUUCAUCCGACAGACUGAAGCACCAGCGGGUCCACACUGGGGAGAGACCCUUCAGCUGCCCUGAGUGUGGGAAGGGCUUUACACAGUCCUCCACCCUGCUGGCCCACCAGCGGGUCCACAGUGGGAAGUGGCCAUUCACCUGCUCUCUGUGUGGGAAGGGAUUCACCCGCUCUUCCCACCUGCAGAGGCACCAGCGAGUUCACAUGCCAUGUCUGAUACAGUUAUACGGCCUGGAAAAAGGAAUUCCCAGCAGUGAGGGGCAGUACAUGCGUUUGUUUGUGGCUGAAGCUUCGGACAUGGAGAAACCGUGGAAGUGUGGUAACUGUGAGAAAGGCUUCCGUACUCCGUCUGACCUGGAGAUUCAUCGGCGCACCCACACCGGGGAGAGGCCGUUCUCCUGUCCCAAGUGCAGGAAGGGCUUUACCCAGGUCUCUGCCCUGCUUAGGCACCAGCGGAUCCACACGGGGGAGAGGCCUUUCAGCUGCCCUGAGUGUGGGAAGGCCUUCAGCGAUUCAUCCUCCCUACUGACCCACCGGCGAGUCCAUACGGGAGAGAGGCCCUUCAGCUGUCACGAGUGCAGGAAGGCCUUCAGCAAUUCCUCAUCCCUGCUGAGGCACCAGCGGGUCCACACGGGAGAGACCCCCUUCAGCUGCCCUGAGUGUGGGAAGGCCUUCAGCCGUUCCUCCACUUUGCUGACCCACCAGCAGGUCCACACAGGGGAGAGGCCCUUCAGCUGUUCUGAUUGCGGGAAGGCCUUCAGCUAUUCCUACUCCCUGCUGAGGCACCAGCGGGUCCACAUGGGGGAGAAGCCCUUCAGCUGCCCCGAGUGCGGGAAGGCCUUCAGCUAUUCUUCCUCCCUGCUGACCCACCGGCGAGUCCAUACAGGGGAGAGGCCCUUCUGCUGUCCCGAGUGCGGAAAGGCCUUCAGCGAUUCCUCCUCCCUGCUGACCCAUUGGCGAGUCCACACGGGGGAGAAGCCCUUCAGCUGCCCUGAGUGUGGGAAGGCCUUCACCCGCUCCGCCCACCUCCGGAGCCACCAGCGACUUCACGUGCCAUCGCAGGGGGACCAGAAACAGCUCUACAGCCUGGAAAGAGGAAUUCACGGUGAGGAGGGGCUCUACACGCAUUUGUGUACAGCUGGAGCUUCGGCCAUGGAGAAACCUGAGGAAUCCCACCCCGUGGAGGAAUCGUGGAAGUGUGGUGACUGCGGGAAAGGCUUCCGUGCUCCAUCUGCCCUGGAGAUUCAUCGGCGCAGUCACACCGGAGAGAGGCCAUUCAUCUGCCCCAAGUGUGGGAAGGCCUUCAGCAAUUCCUCUGCCCUUAUGAGGCACCGGUGGGUCCACACAGGGGAGAGGCCCUUCAGCUGCCCUGAUUGUGGGAAGGACUUCAGUUAUUCUUCUGACCUGCAGACCCAUCGACGGGUCCACACGGGGGAGAGGCCGUUCUCCUGCACUGUGUGUGGGAAGGCCUUCAGCACCUCCUCCACCCUCCUGACCCACUGGCGGGUCCACACUGGGGAGAGGCCAUUCACUUGUUCCGAGUGCAGGAAGGGAUUCACUCAGGAGGGCAAGUUGCGGAUGCACCAGCGGGUCCACACUGGGGAGAAGCCUUUCAGCUGCCCCGAGUGUGGGAAGGCCUUCAACGAUUCCUCUUCCCUUCAGACCCACAAGUGGGUCCACACACAGGAGAGGCCGUUCCCCUGCACAGAGUGCGGCAAGCUCUUCAGCAAUUCCUCCACCCUGCUGAAGCACCAGCGGGUCCACACAGGGGAGAGGCCCUUCAGCUGCCCCGAGUGUGGGAAGGGCUUUACCCAGAUGUCCGUCCUGCUGAUCCACCAGCGGAUCCACAUCGGUGAGAAGCCUUUCUGCUGCCCUGAGUGUGGGAAGGGAUUCACUCAGAAGGGCAACUUGCGCACGCACCAGCGGGUCCACACCGGGGAGAGGCCCUUCAGCUGCCCCGAGUGCGGAAAUGCCUUCAGCGAUUCCUCCACCCUACUGAAGCACCAACGGGUCCACACGGGGAAGAAGCCAUUCCCCUGCCCCGAGUGUGGGAAGGCCUUUAGCAAUUCCUCCGACCUGCUGAAGCACCAGCGUGUCCACACGGGGGAGAAGCCCUUCAGCUGUCCCGAAUGUGGGAAGGCCUUCAGCGAUUCCUCCGCCCUGGUGAAGCACCGGCGGGUCCACACAGGGGAGAGGCCCUUCAGCUGUCACGAAUGUGGGAAGGCCUUCAGCGAUUCCUCCGCCCUGGUGAAGCACCAGCGGGUCCACACGGGGGAGAGGUCCUUCAGCUGCCCCGAGUGUGGGAAGGGCUUUACCCGGGCAGCCACCCUGCGGAGGCACCAAGGAGUUCAUGUGCCAUCACAGGGGGAUUGAAGGAGCGACUGCCGAGUGCC